GCACGUAACACGUUCGUUUAAUCCGUCUGGUGGUUUGGCGCAAGCGUUUAGCCAUCCUGAAGUUUCUUUCGUACUGACUAACACAAAGCAGCCUGUCGUCAGCUUGUACUUUAGUUAUUAGACAACAUACAUUAGUCAUUCGGUUAAACAUUAUCUGGAUUCUUGUUUUUGUUAUUUCUAGCAUGUUUGUCUGGAAGCUAAUCGAGCACCAAAGAAGAAGAAACACGGAAAUGUCAGACAGCGUAAUGUUGAUUCAUCUCCGUAUCUCAAAAACUGCUGUCCAGUUUCCGGUCUGAAUCGGUUUGCAGCUGUUAGCACGAUGGCGUCUGAUAGACAACAUUGCUCGUGCUGCUCUCAUCCUGUCUCGUCUCCCAGUGUUCACCAGACGCUGAAUGAGAUGGACUUUGAGCGAGGUAUCUGGGCUGCUGCAAUGGAUGGGGACCUGGAGAAAGUCUCGUCUUUGGUCCAGAAGGGCACAGACCCUAACCUGAGAGACUCGGCUGGAUACACAGCCCUGCACUAUGCCAGUCGCAGUGGUCAUCUUGCUGUGUGCACGUUUCUUCUUGAGAACGGCGCUUGUGCAUCUCCCCAGACGCCAGGCGGAGCCACGCCGCUCCACCGAUCAGCUUACUGUGGUCACGUGGAUGUGGUCAGGCUCCUGCUGGGGCACAGCGCAGACCCGACGCUCUGUGAUGAUGACCGUGCCUCCCCUUUACAUAAGGCUGCAGAACGGGGUCAUCAGGAGGUGUGUCGGCUGCUUCUGGAGCACAGUCCGGCCCUCUGCAGCCAGCAGAACAACAGGCUCCAGCUACCCUACCAGCUGGCCCCGCAGGGAGAUCUGCAGGAGCUCUUAAAGCCACCUCAGUGAGAACAGACGCACUGCGUCUGGGCUUGACUUACUCGGUCACAUCAAAACAUCCUCGUUGAGGUUCACUUAAAACAUUCUGGAUUCAUUACAUCUGGCUGCUUGUUCCUUAAGAGCCGCUGAAUCAAACGGGAUGUACAUUUUUUAGCUCCAUAAAGUCAGCUCCAUCAGUUAUUAACAAACUGCAGAAAUGUGUAAAACACCAGCGCUGCACUCUUAUCAGGUAGCUGUGGAAUAAAUAAACAUUCACUUCAAUAAGUGGACGUGGCAACAGUUUCCGGUCUCCUCUGGAGUAACGUAGAGCCGAGUGGUGCCGUUUUCAGACUCGUGAAGCUGCACUGAGCUUUUGUUGAUGGCUCCACUGUGGAAUCAGCCUGGCAACCAGAUUUCUCAUUUCAAUAGUUCUGCUGAGCUACGGACAGGAACGAGUCAAGCUCCUCUUCAACCUGCUAUGUGAAGAAAUUAUUUGACUUUAAAAGGACAGAAAAUGACACAUGAAUAAUAAUGUCCUCACAAUAAUUUGUGCAGCGUUUUGAGUCAGAAAGCUCCUUGUUAGUGGCUUUGGGGUGAUGAGUUGGAGCUACUUUAUGCACUGCAAACACCAGCAUCUACUCUUUCUACUGCAUUAAUGACUGUUUGCUCUGAACAUGUCUGACAAAGCAGUUUGUAUUAACAUUGGAGCUUUAAGUUAAAGCUCCUGUGAGGUGAUCCUCCCUGGAUGUCUGAAUGUGUGGCAGCAGGGGGCGCUGCUGCCCUAAAAUCUGCCUGUGUGUUUUUCUCUGUGCACCAUUUAAAUUAUCUGGCAGCUUCCACACACUGACCUCAUCUGAUCAUCCUGCAGGAGAGCUGAACAGGAAGAGAGAAAAGCGUCUGAGUAGCUGUUAGAGCUGGCAGAGAGACAUCAUGGACCGACGCCAACAAAUCACUGCGGCAGAUUAAAUGAAGUUAUU